AUGGGUUUAAUAAUAAUUUAUAAUAUUUAUUCCGAAAUCAAAAUUUGCGACAUUAUUUUAGUAAUUCGCCUACAUACAUGAUCACUUCCAAAUUCAAAAAUUAAUGCCAGAUAUAACUUACACGUUUAACAUACACCAGUAACUAUAAAUUUGUGUAUGUAGUAUCACCAAAUAAGAAUACUCCAACGCUUGUGUUUGGAGUUGUUGCAUUGCAAAGAAUAUUUUUUGUUUACAUAUUUAUUUAGGACAUUGAGGAUUUGAGGGAACGCUUUACAAUCAAACAUGAGUUUGUCUCGGUGUUACUCCCUAAUGAAGUGCUUGCUAAUCCUUUUCAAUGUGAUUUUUUUGUGUGUCGGAGUUGGGGUGUGUUCGUUUGCAGCAUGGGCCUUGUGGGAUGGCCGCGGCAGUGAGACAGGAUCUGGGAAAGCUGGUCUGUGUGCAAUUGCUGCCUGGGGUGCUGUAUUGACAUUGGGAGCUAUAGCAGCACUGGCUGGUGCUGUGCGGGGCUCGGCAUCAUUACUUGCUGCCAGUUUCGCAUUGCUAGCAUUGAGUGCAGUAGCAGAGGGGGCAGCAGCCUGGUGGGGUGCCGCCCAUUUGCCGCAGUUGCGUGCAGCACUCGCUGAUCGGUUACACCAUACAGUAGUGCAUGACUAUGGCGUGCUGCCCGCGCGCACUCAGAUCAUCGACGUGAUACAAUCUGGGUUGGAGUGCUGUGGGGCCUCUAGUCCUCGGGACUGGCAGCAGUCGGCAUGGGCAGCAGGGGCAAGCUUGGAGCCCGGAGCAGUGGCACUUGAUCUUAGCGUUGCUGCGGAGCCCGCCUACUAUUAUGUGCCGCCUUCUUGCUGCAUUGAUGGGGCGGUUCCGGCAUGCGACGUAGCGCGCCGUGUACCAGCGGCGUCCGGGGGCGGCGUAGGGCUACACGCGGCGGGGUGCGGGGGGCGCGUUCUAACAGCACUAGCCAACGCUGCGCGCGCGCCAUUGCUCGCCGCAGCUACGCUCCUCGUUGCCCAUGCGCUUUCGCUGCUGCUCGCGCUUGCCCUUACUCUCCGCGCACAUCCCUCGCACAACUAUAAAGCGUAAGACAACUGUAACACUGGCGUAUGUACUAUACUCCGACGUUUUUACAAGUAAAGUACACACUGAUACUCCACGAAUUACUAUAGAAAUGUGACCGCGCUCCAGAGGCCUUUAAUGGGAGAAAAAUGCUCCUACCAACCACAACAAUAACCCGUAUUAGAUCUGAUAAAACCUAAGCCAUAAUAUUAAAAACUUGUUUUAUACAAGUGGAAUUGAGAACUGUGGAAUUGAGGUUUAUAAACAUUUUAUUGAUUACAAACUAGUUAUUAUAAGAUAUUAUUUUAAUAUGUUUUCAGUCGUUAAGCGACUUUAGUGUGUAUUGGAUAGACUCCACCCACCGUCAAAAUGCAUUUAAUUUGUUCCUAUUAUAAUUAGUUUUUUUCAGUAGUCCUAUGAAACUGAGCACACACACAUGUGCACGUAGUAAUAUUAUUGAGCAAGAUCCCAAAUAUUUUCUUACAACAUAAACAUUAGGUAUAUUUGGGAAAAUAAGAAUCUCUGGCGGGAUCUUGGACCAAUAUAAUUAGCAUUUAAAAGCACCAUACCAUAAAAAAAUAAUCAAAUUUGUAGGUAACAUAACAUAAUACAUAAUCUAAGUCAUGACAAAGUUUUUAUAUUCACAAACAUAAUUUAUUUAUAUUAAAAUAAAUUUUGAUUAAGUUUAUUGAUGUAAGGCAUUAACCAAAACGUGUGUAGUUAUAAUUUUAGACAUAGUUCUUAUACAAUAAUCUUCAUAUUUUAAAAUACUUUUGAAUAACAUAUUAUAUACAAAUUAAAUGAUGUCGUAUGACAGUUCACGGAUCUGUUGGAAUAAAGUGAAACAAACUAACUCAGAGUCGUUAUUAUCUGUAAUGGUAGACACAUAUUUAUAAUUACAUAUAUAAAGUUUAAUUAAUGAUUAGUUAAUGUCCGAUUUAAAGAAGAAUAGGGCAUUGAAAUCACUUUUUAACAUUUAUCUAUGUAUAAUUAGUUAACCAUUAAUGAACGACUUUGAGUACUGAAGUAAUUUUACUCGCAAAAUGAACACUGCCAUUUAUUGACUGAUAUUUUAUAUAUAACUAAUAAUCGUGUCUCUACACGUUCUCGAUGUAUCGUUUGAGUACAAAUUUUUGUUUUUUUUAAAAUAUAUGUUAUUUGUAAGAUUGUUAAAUUACUUUAUAGUUUAAAUUUUUUAAAAAGUACGAAUAUAGUACUUCGACUGAUUCCGUUAAAACUACUUCAUUUUGAUAUUCCAUGUGUUUUUUUACAAUAAUAUUGAUAAUAAUAAUGGUAGCUAUUGUUGUCUAUUUCAUGGUCUAUAGUCUAUAGUAUUUCCACUCACUACUCCCGAAUCUCAGGGUAAGAGCGAUAAAUUAAUUUAAGUUAUACCAUCACCUGGUGCCAUGUAUUCUUAGUUAUAUUUAUUGUUGUGUUCGGUGUCUUAAAAUAA